GCGCAAGCUUUGUGCAGCGCGCUUGCGCAGUGUGGAGGACGAUGCCGCUAUAAAGGCUUGUUUUGCUCCGGGUCCGAUGUUCGCGUGCGAGCCCGGGCGGUCCGCUCUCCCUUGGGGAGGUUGGUGUGCAGAAAUUCUGCAGUGAGAGGAGGAGUGUGAGCUCUGGUACCCCACUUGGUGAAGAUGAAGGAUAUUGACAUGGGAAAGGAGUACAUCAUCCCCAGUCCUGGGUACAGAAGUGUCAGGGAGAGAAGCAGUGCAGCUGGGCCACACAGAGACCGUGAGGAAUCCAGGUUCCAGAGAUCAAGACCGUUGGAAUGCCAAGAUGCCCUAGAAACAGCAGCCCGAGUUGAGGGCCUUCCCCUGGAUGUCUCCGUGCAUUCUCACCUCCGAAUUCUGGACGAGGAGCAUACCAAGGGAAAGUACCACCAUGGCUUGAGUGCCCUGAAGCCCUUCCGGACCACUUCCAAGCACGAGCACCCAGUUGACAAUGCUGGACUUUUCUCCUUCAUGACGUUUUCAUGGCUCUCUCCUCUGGCCCGUGUGGUGUACAAGAAGGGGGAGCUGUUAAUGGAGGACGUGUGGCCUUUGUCCAAGUAUGAGUCUUCUGAUGUGAACUGCAGAAGACUGGAGAGACUGUGGCAAGAAGAGCUGAAUGAAGUGGGGCCCGCCGCCGCCUCCCUGCGAAGGGUUGUGUGGAUCUUUUGCCGCACCAGGCUCAUCCUGUCCAUCAUGUGCCUGAUGAUCACGCAGUUGGCUGGCUUCAGUGGACCAGCCUUCAUGGUGAAACACCUCUUGGAGUACACCCAGGCAACAGAGUCUAACCUGCAGUACAGCUUGCUGUUAGUCCUAGGCCUCUUUCUGACAGAAGUUGUACGCUCCUGGUCACUUGCGCUGACUUGGGCAUUGAACUAUCGAACUGGCGUCCGGUUGCGGGGGGCUAUCCUGACUAUGGCAUUCAAGAAGAUCCUGAAGUUAAAGAACAUUAAAGAAAAGUCUCUGGGUGAGCUCAUCAAUAUCUGCUCCAAUGACGGGCAGAGGAUGUUUGAGGCGGCCGCUGUGGGCAGCUUGCUGGCCGGAGGACCUGUUGUUGCCAUCUUGGGCAUGAUUUAUAAUGUAAUCAUUCUGGGACCAACAGGCUUCCUGGGAUCAGCUGUUUUUAUCCUCUUUUAUCCGGCCAUGAUGUUCGUGUCGCGGCUUACUGCGUAUUUCAGGAGAAAGUGUGUAGCUGCCACAGAUGACCGUGUCCAGAAGAUGAAUGAAGUUCUCACCUACAUUAAAUUUAUUAAAAUGUAUGCCUGGGUCAAGGCAUUUUCUCAGAGUGUCCAAAAAAUCCGAGAGGAGGAGCGUCGGAUACUGGAAAAAGCAGGGUACUUUCAGAGCAUCACCGUUGGAGUGGCCCCCAUCGUGGUGGUGAUCGCCAGUGUGGUGACAUUCUCUGUUCACAUGAGCCUGGGCUUCCACCUGACAGCUGCGCAGGCCUUCACAGUGGUGACUGUCUUCAAUUCCAUGACUUUUGCUUUAAAAGUCACACCAUUCUCUGUGAAGUCCCUCUCUGAAGCAUCCGUUGCUGUUGACAGAUUUAAGAGUUUGUUUCUAAUGGAAGAGGUUCACAUGAUAACCAACAAACCGGCCAGUCCUCACAUCAAGAUAGAGAUGAAAAAUGCCACCUUGGCAUGGGACUCCUCCCACUCCAGUAUUCAGAACUCGCCCAAGCUGACCCCCAAAAUGAAAAAAGACAAGAGGGCUACCAGGGGCAAGAAAGAAAAGUCGAGGCAGCUGCAACACACUGAGCACCAGGCGGUGCUGGCAGAGCAGAAAGGACACCUCCUUCUGGAUAGUGAUGAGCGGCCCAGUCCGGAAGAGGAAGAAGGCAAGCAAAUCCAUACAGGGAGCCCGCGCCUGCAGAGGACGCUGUACAGCAUCGACCUGGAAGUUGAAGAGGGCAAGCUGGUUGGAAUCUGCGGCAGUGUGGGGAGUGGAAAAACCUCUCUCAUUUCAGCCAUCUUAGGCCAGAUGACACUUCUAGAGGGCAGCAUUGCAGUCAGUGGGACCUUUGCUUAUGUGGCCCAGCAGGCUUGGAUCCUCAAUGCCACUCUGAGAGACAACAUUCUCUUUGGCAAGGAGUUUGAUGAAGAAAGAUACAACUCAGUGCUGAACAGCUGCUGCCUGCGGCCUGACUUGGCUAUUCUCCCCAACAGCGACCUGACCGAGAUUGGAGAGCGAGGAGCCAACCUGAGUGGUGGACAGCGCCAGAGAAUCAGCCUUGCUCGGGCCUUGUAUAGUGACAGAAGCAUCUACAUCCUGGAUGACCCCCUUAGUGCCUUAGAUGCCCACGUAGGCAACCACAUCUUCAACAGUGCUAUCCGGAAGCACCUCAAGUCGAAGACAGUUCUGUUUGUUACACACCAGUUACAGUACCUCGUGGACUGUGAUGAAGUGAUCUUCAUGAGAGAAGGCUGUAUUACAGAAAGAGGUACCCAUGAGGAGCUGAUGAACUUAAACGGAGAUUACGCUGCUAUUUUUAAUAACCUGUUGCUGGGAGAGACACCCCCGGUUGAGAUUAAUUCAAAAAAGGAAGCUAGUGGUUCACAGAAGAAAUCACAAGACAAGGGCCCCAAACCAGGGUCAGUGAAGAAGGAGAAGGCAGUGAAAUCAGAGGAAGGGCAGCUUGUGCAGGUGGAAGAGAAAGGGCAAGGCUCGGUGCCUUGGUCAGUCUAUGGUGUCUACAUCCAGGCAGCAGGGGGCCCUUUGGCUUUCCUGGUCAUCAUGGUCCUCUUCAUGCUGAAUGUGGGCAGCACUGCCUUCAGCACUUGGUGGUUGAGCUACUGGAUCAAGCAAGGAAGUGGGAACACCACAGUAUUUCAAGGGAAUAGAAGCUCUGUGAGUGACAGCAUGAAGGACAAUCCGUACAUGCAGUACUAUGCCAGCAUCUACGCCCUCUCCAUGGCAGUCAUGCUGAUCUUGAAAGCCAUCCGAGGAGUUGUCUUUGUCAAGGGCACACUGAGAGCCUCCUCCCGGCUCCAUGAUGAGCUCUUCCGAAGGAUCCUUAGGAGCCCCAUGAAGUUUUUUGACACCACUCCAACAGGAAGGAUUCUCAACAGGUUUUCCAAAGACAUGGAUGAAGUGGAUGUGCGCCUGCCGUUCCAGGCCGAGAUGUUCAUCCAGAACGUGAUCUUGGUGUUCUUCUGUGUCGGGAUGAUCGCAGGAGUCUUCCCAUGGUUCCUCGUGUCAGUGGGGCCUCUGCUCAUUCUCUUCUCAGUUCUGCACAUCGUCUCCAGGGUCCUGAUUCGUGAGCUGAAGCGCCUGGACAACAUCACACAGUCUCCUUUCCUCUCACACAUCACGUCCAGCAUACAGGGCCUCGCCACUAUCCACGCCUAUAACAAAGGGCAGGAAUUUCUACACAGGUAUCAGGAGCUACUGGAUGACAACCAAGCUCCCUUUUUCUUGUUCACUUGCGCAAUGAGGUGGCUGGCAGUGCGGCUGGACCUCAUCAGCAUUGCCCUGAUCACCACCACUGGGUUGAUGAUUGUCCUCAUGCAUGGGAAGAUUCCUCCAGCCUACGCCGGCCUUGCCAUCUCCUAUGCCGUGCAGUUAACAGGACUGUUCCAGUUUACAGUUAGACUGGCAUCCGAGACAGAAGCCCGAUUCACUUCAGUGGAGAGGAUCAACCACUACAUAAAGACUCUGUCUUUGGAAGCACCUGCGAGAAUCAAGAACAAGGCUCCUCCCCCAGACUGGCCCCAGGAGGGAGAAGUAACCUUUGAGAAUGCGGAAAUGCGAUACCGAGAAAAUCUUCCGCUGGUCCUUAAGAAAGUGUCCUUCACCAUCAAGCCCAAGGAAAAGAUUGGCAUCGUGGGGCGCACGGGGUCAGGGAAGUCCUCUCUGGGGAUGGCGCUCUUCCGUCUGGUGGAGUUAUCCGGAGGCUGCAUCAAGAUUGAUGGAGUGAGAAUCAGUGACAUCGGCCUGGCUGACCUCCGAAGCAAACUGUCCAUCAUUCCUCAGGAGCCCGUUCUGUUCAGCGGCACUAUUGCCCAGCUACCUCUGAAACUUGAAUCUGAAGUGAUGGAGAAUGGGGACAACUUCUCGGUUGGCGAACGGCAGCUGUUGUGCAUCGCCAGGGCCCUGCUGCGUCACUGUAAGAUUCUGAUUUUAGAUGAAGCCACUGCUGCUAUGGACACAGAGACGGACUUACUGAUUCAAGAGACCAUCCGGGAAGCAUUUGCAGACUGCACCAUGCUGACCAUUGCCCAUCGCCUGCACACAGUUCUGGGCUCUGAUAGGAUUAUGGUGCUGGCCCAGGGACAGGUGGUGGAGUUCGACACCCCAUCGGUCCUUCUGUCCAACGACAGCUCAAGGUUCUAUGCCAUGUUUGCUGCUGCAGAGAACAAGGUGGCUGUCAAGGGCUGACUCAGGCCAUCCGUGAGGUCUCUCCUCAGAAUGUCGCCAUUCUCUUCCUGGUUUGGACCCCUCAUCCUGUCCUGCUGAAACCUUGCCUUUCCCGGUUUUAUCUCUCACACAACAGUUCAGGAUUAGCGGUGUGUUUCACUUUUAGGGAAAAUCAUAUUUUGAUUAUUGUAUUUAUUCCCUAUUCAUGUAAAUGAAAUUUAGUUUUUGUUCUUAAUUGCACUCUUAAGAGGUUCAGGGAACCAUUACUAUAAAUGUAUCAGUGGCCUAUAAUGAAGCUUUAUAUGUGUAGCUAUGUCUAUAUAUAAUUCUGUAAAUAUCCUAUGUUUACAGGAAAAAUGUAAGCAGUUUAUUUUCUAUUAAAGCAAGCACUGCGCUACGGGCAGUGCACAUUCAUUUCUAUCAUUUUGUACAGCCGACUGCACUAGAGAUCUCGUUUUUGCUCUUAGCUGUUGAAAGUCAGUGUUUCGUUCUCUAGCUGCUCGGUUCACGGUGCUGGGCUUUCUAGGUGUCCAGAGGACACGCGACAGCAGUGAGCCCUCCCGGCCUGCUCCUUGGACUUCCCAGUGGGAACCCAGUGCAGCUGAGCUGUGGGAGGCCUUGCAGAGCACCGUGGCUUCUCAGGGCUCCUGCUUUCCUGUGCUGUCACUUCCUGUUUCUGUUAGAGCGUUGGGGCAAAGCCCGCCCCCUUUCCCUCUCAGGAAUGAGAACCAUAGCAUUCCUCAGAGGGGAGAGCUUCCUUCUGCCUUCCUCCCUCUGCUGUUGUUUUUAAAGAUCCAGACUGCUCCCAGUGUCCCAUGCUUCAGGUUCCUAGCGCUGGCCACCACAGAGCUCUCCCAGCUCUAGGGUCCACUGCUGCUGUUGUAGGUGGCAUUUUCUUUUGCCUGAGCCCACACCUCCAGAGUUCGGUGACAGGGCUCAGGAUUGUGGGGUCCGCCCUUCCUCGCGACAGUGUCCGCUGCAAAGUCUGCGGCCCUCAGCAGCUCUUGUUAGCCAGUGUCCUCACUGGUGUAGAAGUUUUUUGUACUGUAAAGAGACCUACCUCAGGUUGCUGAUUGCUGUGUGGUUUGGUGUGUUCCUGCAGACCCCCUUUGUGCUCUGGGGCCCGUAGCUUGGGUGGGUGUGGUCGCCACUGUCAUCAGUCAAGUGGUCAGCGUUGCAUGUCGUGACCAACUGGACAUUCUGUCGCCUUAGCAUGUUUGCUAAACACCUUAUGAAAGCAAAAAUCUGAAAAAGUGAAUAAAAUUAUUUU